UGGAGAGUUUUGGCCGCGCCGCUACGCCGUAGGCCCGUGGCCUCACGGGUGCGGCAACAGCGUACGGCCCCCGGAAAGAUGUCGCUGCUGCGCUCGCUGCGCUCGCUGCGCCUCUGUUUGGUCGCGCGGGCCGGGAGCUGCCCAGUGGGGCCCCUUCUGCUUCAGUCGCCGCAGCCGUGGCAUACAUUUCACGCUGGGCCCUGGCUGUCCUCCUCGGCUUCCAGCAAGGAGCUCCUCAUGAAGCUGCGGCGGAGAACGGGCUACUCCUUUGUAAACUGCAAGAAGGCUCUGGAGACUUGUGGCGGGGAUCUCAAACAGGCAGAGAGCUGGCUCCACAAACAGGCCCAGAAGGAGGGCUGGAGUAAAGCUGCCAGGCUCCAUGGCAGGAAGACCAAAGAAGGUCUGAUUGGGCUGCUGCAGGAAGGAAACACGACUGUGUUAGUAGAGGUGAACUGUGAGACAGAUUUUGUUUCCAGAAAUUUAAAAUUUCAACAAUUGGUCCAGCAAGUAGCCCUGGGAACCCUGUUGCAUUGUCAGAGCCUAAAGGAUCAACUGUCUACAUAUAGUAAAGGCUUCUUGAAUUCCUCUGAGCUCUCUGAACUUCCAGCUGGGCGUGAGAGAGAAGGCUGUCUCAGGGAUCAGCUGGCCUUAGCAAUUGGUGUUCUCCUCUCAGCCAGCCUACACAGGGGCUACUGGAACCACUCCUUCAAAGUUCUUUUCAUCCAGCUCACUCCCUGCUCAAGUGUAUGUGCCUGCCAUGACUCUCCCUCCUGGAGACGGCCUGGACUGGCCAUCGACUCACCAGACCCCUCCCAGCUCUGCUGCAGGAACCCUCUGCUCCAGGUAGCCACAACCGGGCCUCCUUUCAUUUACCAUUUCUUUUUUUUGGCGGUACACAGGCCUCUCACUGUUGUGGCCUCUCCCGUUGCGGAGCACAGGCUCCGGAUGCGCAGGCUCAGCGGCCAUGGCUCACGGGCCCAGCCGCUCCGCGGCAUGUGGGAUCUUCCCGGACAGGGGCACGAACCCGGGUCCCCUGCAUCGGCAGGCGGACUCUCAACCACUGCGCCACCAGGGAAGCCCUCAUUUACCAUUUCUUUAACCUUCAACAAGUCCCUCCCUCCUCCUGGCUAUUCAUCAAGCUUGGCAUCGUCUCAACACUCUUUGCUGAAAACGCACCUUCUGCAGGUAGACACCUCACCCCCACCCCCCACUCAUGUAAAUGUCAUCCCUUUUCCAUUAUUCACACCUCUCCUUGUUAGCCAGGAGUUCACAGUGUUUGAAGAUACGCCUUUUUAAAAAAUCUGUGGGUUCUGUAUAUUUCUCUAUACCCUCAACUAGACUGUAAAGAGCUGCUGUGCAGAGUCCAGCACUGGGACUGGGAGAGCACCUCAGCUGGGAGGAGGGUGGUGGGGUGAAGAAAGCUUCUAAUGGACACAGGAUAGUGCUGACCACCCAUGGAAGCCUCAAACCCCAUCUCCCUACAAGUAACUCUUCUAUCUGACUAUCAACACCACAGGAUCCUUAACCCUGGACUGAGCAGGUUGUGUAGGGCCAGAGCCUCACCUUAUUUAGAUUCAAGCGCUGUUUGAUAGAUGUGUACUGAGUAUGUAUUGUGGCAGAAUCCAGUGUAGGGACCCCAAGGGGAGGGGAAUUGGAGAAAGCUUUACAGAGGAGGAGAUGCCUUUUCUGGGGAGAAAGAAAUUCACCGGCUAGAUGGAAUGGGUGGGCAGGGGAGGAGAGAAAACAGCUAGUACUGACUUCCUUGUCUGUAACAGGCAGAUACACCAACUCUUCAGCUUUAGAGAAAAUGUAUUAAGUCAUAUAACAGUGCUGGUCACAUUCAGUAGGACCAGGGGAGAUAAAUAAAUGAUAGCUAUUACUACUAUUAAAUAAUUUAAUUUUAAACAGCUUGGCUGCAAAGAGAAAAAAAGUGACAGCUAGAGGGGGAUGAGGGGCUGCAUUUUUUAAGAUGCGAAAGCCUCGAAUGUGAAAGGUUACCAAUAAAAGCAGAGAGGCUAAAGUUACAGGAAAGGAUCAACUGAUGGAACACAAGCCCCGAGGAGCAGAAGACCCCGAGUUCCUGGGCUGGGCGUGGCCUGGCAGCAGCUCACCUGGUGAGUGGUCCCUUCGAUCUCUACAGGCACUAUGAAGUCAGCGUUGUUGAUUGGCUGGAAGACAGAAGAGUUAAUGAGUCAGCUAGUGGGAAGGGACAAGAGCCCAGCCACACCCCAGUCCCUGCCACAGCCAGUGCUCCACCCCCUGGGCGGGGUGGGGAGGGACAGAUAUCAGAGGCCCUAGGAAGCUCCUGCUGUCCCAACUAAGUGGCUCUCACCCAAGUACAGGCUGCGACACCCCUUCUGGUUUUCCCUACUUACCACCACCUGCAAAUUCUACCUGAGCUCAGACAGUCUCUGGGCUUUCUUGAGUUAACAAACAUCCUGAUAAAAUGGAUAGGGGCAUGGCCCAAGGCUGACUUAACCCCUCUUUUGUACCCCUGUACAGAGCCCUGGUGGCUGUGCUGCGACGGGGCUGGGGGGCAGCUGUAGCCUGUUGUCAGCAACUGCGGAGAGCAGGGGCUCCCACUCAACAUCAUUCUCUGGUGGGGCCUCCAGGUAUCUGUGAUGCGACUGUGGCCAAAUGCCAGAGGCCGGCCCUCCUACUUCUGAUCACUCUUCCAUCAUCAACUUUAGGCCACUUCACUGGCACCUGCAGUCAGGCUUCCAAGACAGCCCAGGACGAGUGUAAGAAGAGCUCCAGAUGUCCAGUUACCUUAAAGGAGCUAUGCACAAGGGUUUCAUCCAAGUCAAUGACCACGCAGAUUCUUCCUUGAUCUUCCUCUGUCACCUCCGGGAGCAGACAGGUCCCUGGAAUCUAAAACCAGAGCCAGGCUACUGAAUCUGCCACCAAGAAAGACUAAUUUUCCCCAAUAGAACUCUGGGAAGAGCUGGGCCCACUGAGGAGAUGGAAGCCCCCUACUUCAACCCAAGAGAGGCGACACUUAAAGGCCAAGAGGUAGAGAAAGAAGAGACUGAGCUGGCUCCUUCCUUCAGCCUGGGACUGUGAAGUGAUCCGGAUACUGGAGCUGGAGGCCAGAGCUGGUGAUGGAUACCGGCUGUCCCCCGCACAAUCUAAUGCCUUGCACGUGGUGGGCCCUCAGCAAAUAUCUGGGACAAACAGCUUCCAAGGGCAGGGAGUUAGCCAGCCAGACACAGAGGAAUGAGGGCUUCACUGCAUGGGGCAUGGGGUUAGAAGGUAUCACUGGGUGUUGGGGCUUCUGAGGCCAUACCCUGUGAGAUUCACAUACCUGAUAAAACUGGUACUGGAGACACUGGAGCAGGUCCGACUACGGGAGAAAAGAAGGUGGUCAGUGCCAGCCCACUAAUGCCUUUCCUGGUUGUCUAAAGCCCACUCAGGCCUGGAGGGGAAUUUUCUCCCCAAGACCCCAGCCCCCUGGAAAGCUCUGACACGACAAAAGUGACUUUCCUUAAGAGCUGGGCAGGAAAGGGGCCAAAAUCUUCUUUCCACACUCGGCCUGAUGCAGGAUGGAGAAGGAAGUGUCCCUGUUCUCAGCUGCCAUUGCCUCUCCAAGGAACAGGGGACUCAAGCAGCUGACGCAGGGACACAGAGUCAGAGGCAGAAUCAAAAUCGGAACUCCUCACUGUGGAGGUCUGGCCUCUUGCUUAGUCCCGAAACCCAGGCUUCUCUUUGAGAACAUGUGUUCUCUCCAUCCUCCUUGGGGGCCUUGAUUAGGGGGAGGUGCACUGAGCCCCUACAAAGCACAAGUAAGCCAAUGUGAGCCCACACUGUGGGUCCUGAAACGUGAGGGGAGGUAGAGUGCAGAGAGCUCAGAAAGCCUCUUCCCGCCUUCGGCUAAUAAGUAAAACGUUAUAAUGUAACAAGUAAGUGAUCUUAAUGGAAACCCUGAAGAAAAAUUAAAAUCCUAGCACUUAGAAAAACUUAAUGUUGGCAUUUCAGUGCAUUUCCUUCAAGCUUGCUUUGGCAAGCAGUCUUUUUUCUUCAUGACAUAUAAUUUUGCAUUCUGCUUUUUUUUUUUUUUUUUUUGGGG